ACAAGUUCCUUUUUCCUUUUCUUAUUUAUUUUUUUGUUUAUUUUAUUUUUUUCUGCAAUUUUUGCUUUGUUUUUUCAUCUUUUUUUUAAAAGAAACAAAAAAAAAAAAAAAAGGGGUGUGGAGAGAGAAGAGAAAGAAGCAAUUAUUGUUGGAACUAACAAAAACACCUGAAUAACUCCUUGCUUUUUCGUAAUGUCCAAUUCUGGAUCAACAGGAUCCUUUAGUGAUUCCAUCACUACUGGUGUCAGUGGCCUCGGUGACACUCUUCAGAUACCCAAUUAUCACUUUAAAUCUGCUCCAGUGCCAAGUAUAGCCCAUGGAGAAAAUGUCGAAAUAGUCUUUGGUUACAGAAUAUCUAAUAAAAAACCAGUCGUUGCAAAAGUAUCACCCAAUUCAUUGAAGCUGGAAAGGGAAUAUUAUGUGAUGAAGAGGUUAUAUCAGAUCGGUGAUGGGUCAUCCUACCUUGUUCGACCUUUGGAAUACAUUCAUUUACCAAGUGGUCUAACUGUUGUCAUUUAUGCAGACGAAGGCCAAAAUUUCUUAGAAUACAAUAGACGACAAUCCGAUGAAUUGUCCACCAAUUCGUCCACCACUGUACAUAGAAUAGCAUCCUCCACCACAUCCUCAUCCACACAUGCAGAUCAACAGCAACCACAGUAUAACAGCAUUGAUAGUUUCUCUUACUACCAGCCUCUACCUUCUGCUGGUUUACCCAGUGAUGGCCCCUUAUACGAUCUAGGCACUUUUUUGCGUUUUGCUAUCAAAUGUACAGAAUGCUUAGAAUUUAUCCACCGCAAUAAUGUUGUCCAUGGUGAAAUUAGACUAUCCGCUUUUCAAUGGACUGGCGAAGAUUCAGCUCGUGUUAAAAUGUGGAAUUUCGGUUCAGGUAGCAAAUCAAUGGAGCCUUAUCUAACAAGCGAAGGCUGGCGAAAAACUGCAAACAACAAAGGCAUGAUGGAAAUCCUACAAAACUUGCUCAUUUACAUGAGUCCAGAACAAACAGGACGAACCACCUAUGUGCCAGAUCAUCGAUCCGAUAUUUAUUCACUUGGUAUUGUAUUUUUCGUUCUACUCACUGGCAAAAAUCCUUUGGAUGGUGGACCUUUGGAAAUUUUGAACGGUAUUCUAAGUAAAAGAAUUCCUUUGAUUCAUGAACUUCAGUUGGAAGUACCUGAAGUAGUAUCAAGGAUUGUUGAAAAGAUGACCCACAAGUCGCCCGAUGAUAGAUAUAGUAGUGCAUUUGGAAUUCGUGCUGAUUUGAAAGAAUGUCUUAAAAGACUAAAAGUAGCGAAUGAAUCUGCUCACGAGGUCAUUGAAGCUUUCCCACUAGCCGAAAAAGAUGUUGCGUCAGUAUUCACUUUACCCAAAACGAUCUAUGGUCGCCAAGGCACCAUCAGUGAAAUGACUUACAUUAUACAGCGUGUUUCUGGUGUGUACAAAUCGAUUCGAAAUCGACGUGAAAAAACAUACUCGACUGGUUCAACUUUACAUACAAUGACCAGUGCCAGCGUCGCAUUCAAUGGCACUAAUACUGGCAGUACCGUCAAUCACAGUGUUCUCUCAGGUGUUGGAGCAAGUUCUAUCAUGAGUGACGAUUUGUCAGACCGUCUUUCCAACAAUGACACCACCAGCAGUAUCGUAGCUGGAACAUACGGUACAGCAACCAAAUCCAAUGCUUCCCCAAGUUAUUGCAGCGGAUUUGACGGCAGUGAUAUGUCGAGCAAUCAUGGAAGAGGCCCAAGCUCAAAAUUAGGUGUGGAAAUCGUUGCCAUCUCUGGUCCAGGUGGCGUUGGUAAAUCAACAGUAUUUAACGCUGUGCAAACUGUAGCAAGACAACACGGAUACGUUGCCAACGCAAAAUGCGAUUCUCGUCAUAAGGUACCUUACAGCGUCAUCAUCAAAUGCCUAUCACAAUUUUUACAGCAGAUUUUGUCAGAAUCAGAAGACGAAAUUCAUUUAUUCUACAAUCACUUAAAAGCCCAUUUAGGGGCUCAAUUUUGUAAAAUAGAAUUACUGGCUGAUCUCGUACCUGAAUUGAAACCUUUAAUCGACCCUGUGGACAGUGAAGACUCUGAAGAAGGUGCCGCUGGUACACGACGAUCGCCAGUCAGCAAAAUACAUUUAGAUAAUGUUGAAACACGUAUCCGGUUCCAUAACUUAUUUGUCGAGGUUUUCAAAGCUUUAGCACAAUGGAGGAUGAUGACCAUGUUUCUUGAUGAUGUUCACUUGGCAGACGAACCAUCACUAGAAUUAAUUGAAAGUAUGAUUGCCUCUCGACUCAAAAUUCUCAUUUUCAUCGCCUACCGUGAUCAAGAAUUAACACCGUCACUUGAAAGACUCUUAUCCAACGAACUUGUCACUUUUCACAGCAUUCAUCUCGAUGCGCUCGAUUUUGACUCAGUGGUGGAUUAUAUUAGUGAUGCACUGCACCGGCCGCUGGACGUUGAUCGUGAUUCUAUCGUGCCCUUAGCUGAUAUCGUAUACAAAAAAACCCGUGGCAACGCCUUCUAUACAGCACAACUGCUCGCUACCCUUGAAAAGAAAAAGUUGAUCUUUUUCAACUGGGAAGAAAAUGAGUGGGACUACAAUUUGGCAGACAUACAACAAGUCAUCAUGGUUCGCGACGGCGCUGAUAAUGACGCAGAGCUCGAUAUCAGCUUCAUCGUCAACCGGCUACGAGAGCUGCCUCUGGAUGGCCAACGACUCUUGAAAUGGGCGUCUUUUGUAGGUGAUACCUUCUCUUGGAACACAGUCAAAUACCUUAUGGUCAAUUCUGAUCCUGAGUCCGAAGUCUCCGAUACCGAUACAGUGGCAUCCGAUGUGACUUCCAGAACGGACACUUCAUUACGACUCAGAAGCCAUCAUCAUCGACAUUUAGAGGAUAAUCUGACGAGAUACCGAAGCAGCAGUAACGCCGCCAAUGACGAAGAGAGUGUGAGAGACCGACAACAGCAUCGAAAAGAGGGGGGUGAUGGUGGACAGGAUACAAUGCAUCCUUUAGUCAAAUUCUAUGGAAGACCUGCCAAUGGUAGUAUUUCUUCCUCCAGCUAUCAACAGCAGAGUUCGCGAGGAACUUCCAAAUCAUCCUCUUCCCAUCAUACCCGCGACCCCAUCAACGGCUUACAAGCCGCUUUGCAAGAAGGUUAUAUUUUACCACUCGAAAGCGACGAGUUUCGAUGGUCUCACGAUCGUUAUUCUCAAGCGGCUAUGGAACUUGCCAAUCCUAAAACAAGAGAAAAAAUUCACCUCAAAAUUGCACGCUAUCUCUUACAAGAAGAAACACAGGAUAGCCUCUUGAUUGCAGAUCACUUACUGAAAUGUAUCAAUCUGAUUCGUGAAUUGGAUCAGACAAAGAAUGUGUGUUUCCAGAAUAUUUUGUAUGAAGCCGGUAAUAAAGCGCGUGCUUCGGGUGCCCACAAAAUGGCAUACAGCUAUUAUAAGGCUGCUAUUUCAUUGUCUGACCCCCAGUCACGAUGGAAUCCAGAGAACUAUGCUCGCACGCAUUACUUGUACAGUAACGCCGUCUCACUCAGUUGGGUGGUCGGUGAGUAUGAGGCAACUGAGGAAUACCUAAGAGACAUCUUUACCUACACAACAAGUCCUAUGGAUCGUGUCAUGGCCUACCGUAUUCAACACAAAUACUUCUUUUCAAGACAAAUGCACGACGAAGCCGCGAAAUCCUUAGCCGAUUGUUUGCUCGAACUGGGCAUUGAAGAUUUUUUAUUUUCCAGUUCACGCGAUGCAUUUGAUGCUGUUUACAAUCAGACCGUACAGUUACUGAAAGAUCUGGGAGGAAUUCAAGAAAUAGAUAAAAUAGGCGUUUGUGAAGAUGCUAAACUGAAAGCCAUCAUGAGCAUCAUUGAAGAAAUGCUGACGGUAUCUUAUUGGCAAGGAAACCAGCUGGAACUCUACUAUCUGGCUACCAAAUUGGUUUACUACUCACUGCAACAAGGUUUGUCCUCAGCUUCUGGCGUGGCUUUUGUAUUUAUGGGCCUGUGUGCUGUUGAAUAUCAUCACGACUAUGAAUUUGGUGAGACAUUGGGUGCUUUGGGUGUUCUUAUUGCGGAAAAAUACGGUACACAUACAGAAAAGGGUCGUGCCAUCUCUUUAUACAAUACCUUUUUGACUGUAUGGAAAUACCAUCAUCGCGAAACGAUACCUGGAUUCCGUCAAGGUUUACGUUAUUGUCUUUCGGCCGGUGACCGUAUCUAUGCUUCGUUUUCUCAUUUACACAUCGCAUCCAGUUUAUUUUUCACCGGUGCGAACUUGUCAGACACUUUGGUGGAGGCUGAAACAUGCUAUGAUGACACUCACGCCUGGUCUUCCUCUGCUGAUAGCAAUAUCUUGAUCAUGUCUCUUAUUCGUACCAUCAAAGCCCUUCAGGGCCAUACAUACACUCAUCUUGCGGAAGAGAUUUUCGAUGGAGAUGAUGGCUUUAACGACAGCCAUUUUAUUGCAGAAAGCAUUCGUGCCAGCCCCAACUUUAUUGUUCCUCUCAAUUGGUAUGACUCUUAUCGUAUGCUUCCUCUUGUCCUCUAUGGACAUUACGAGCAUGCGAUUGCUGUUGGCUACAACUGUUUACGUAGCGCCCAUCUUCACCCUUGCCACCGUCACACUGCUAUGUCUAUCUAUUUACAAUCUUUAGCCAUUUUAGAAAAGAUUCGCACUGAAAGAGACACGAUGACAAAAGAGGAAAUAGACGUGUAUAUUGAACGCGUGGAUCAAAAUCAACAAUGGUUAAAGCCAUGGGUAGACCAUUCUCGCAUCAACACGGUCAUGUGGUAUACAUUAGUAGACGCAGAAAAAACAGCAACAAUGACCACGGAUGUCGGUAAAGCUAUCCAGCUCUAUGAGUUAGCCAUUGACCAAGCACGCGAAGGAAGCUGGCACCUCGAGCUUUGUAUCUGUCACGAGUAUGCUGGUGGAUUCUACGAACGUUCCGGAUUGAAGAACGUCGCUUUUGGCAUGCUCAAGAAGGCCAUUCAACUCUAUGUCAAUCAUGGCUCGUACGGUAAAGCACAUCACUUGACGACAAAAUACAGUGCCUUAUUGGCCACUUAUGAUGACGGCCGUGUCGAGUCUUUUGAAACAGGUAUACAAACGGAUCCCUUCCCCUUCCUUGGCCCUCAAGGCACCUGGAGUACAUCGUCUUUGGGCCCUAUUAAUACGAUCAAUGAACCCUUUGUUGCGGAAACCAUUCCUCCCGUGACGACAGAGCAAACACUGCUGACCUUGGAUAUUUUGGAUAUGGCAUCCAUCUUGAAGAGUUCCCAAGUUAUUUCUUCAGAAGUCAAAUUUGACAGCCUUUUGAAGUCCAUGAUGGCCAUUAUUCUGGAAAAUUCAGGUGCUGACUGUGGCGCUAUCAUUGUGAAAGAAGAGAAAUACGGCGUGUGUGCUUAUGGUAGCCAGCACGACGGAUCAAUGACAUUUGAUCCACCUCGUCCUUUAUCCGAAAAUGACGAGCUUAUCUCCAGUCGUAUCAUCCACCAUACACUCAAUACAGGUGAGAGUAUCUUUAUUCAAAACAUUGAACACGAUGCUCGCUUUGCUGUCGGUCCUUGGUACGAACGGGUCGGCAAUAAAUCUGUUAUUUGUAUGCCCAUCACGCAUAAAACGGCGUUGGCAGGCUGCUUAUUCUUAGAAGGCUCUAGCGGUAUUUUCACACAACGUCAUAUUACCGUCCUUAGUCUCCUUUGCCAACAGAUGGGUAUUUCCAUCACGAACGCUUUUCUCUUCAAAUCUGUUCAACGUGUCACAAUGGCAAAUAUGCGUAUGAUUGAAAUGCAAAAGAAGGCACUAGAGGAUGCUCGGAAGAGUAAAGAAGCUGCUGUACGUGCUACAAGACUCAGAGAAAUAUUCUUGGCCAACAUGAGUCAUGAAAUCCGUACUCCUUUCUCGGGAUUUUAUGGUAUGAUUUCUCUGUUGGCGGAAACAGAUUUGGAUCCUGAGCAGAGAGAUUUAGUUAAAACGGCAAAGGAGUCGUGUGAAAUAUUACUGCAAAUCAUUGAUGACCUGUUGAAUUUCUCCAAGUUACAAGCUGGUAAAGUAACUUUAGAUUUGGCUCCGGUGAUGGUAGAAGAUUUGAUUGCAGAUGUAGUAGAAAUGCUGAUUGCUAUGGCGAUACAAAAGUCUAUCAAUAUUUCGUACAUAGUGGCUGCCAAUGUCCCCACGGUGGUCAUGGCGGACGGCAACCGUUUAAGGCAGGUAUUGAUCAAUUUGCUGGGCAAUGCUAUCAAGUUUACCCAUGAAGGUGAGAUCCGCAUACAAUGUACGGUAGAUACAACCCAUAUUCCGCGCGAGUCAAGCGAUCAGGUAUCUCUGCUAUUUGAGGUGAUCGACACAGGUAUCGGUAUCAGUGAUGAACAACGCAAGGUGCUCUUUGAGCCAUUCUCACAAGUGGAUGGUAGUACAACACGUAAAUAUGGUGGUACAGGUCUAGGCCUAUCCAUCUGUCUACAAUUGGUGGAACUCAUGUCUGGUUCCAUCAAUGUAUCUAGUGUACCUGGCAAGGGUUCCGACUUUUACUUUAGUGUUCGUGUGAACAAGCUUCGUUCCCAACCUCAUAAGGGCUUACAAGCUGAUUUCUAUAGCGAAGAACGACAAGCUUUGACCCGUUGCCUCGCACCAUUAAAAUUCUUGGCGAUUUCAAAAUACCCGGCGACCAUUGAUAUGAUUCGGUUCCUGUUAAAUGGCUUGCCAUUGGAUGGUGUCAAUCAAAUCAGCGACUUCAAACAAAAAUUGAGGAGCCAGAAGUACGACGUUAUUAUUGUUGGGCUAUUCAUGAACCCAGAUCAUUCUACAUCCUCCUCCACGUCCUCACCUGCAUGGCUAGAAGAAGCGAGUAAGAUGAACAAAGAUGCACUGAUCGUCAUCAUGAAUUACCCGGCAGGAGGUCCUGUCAAGGGCAAUUCCGGUCUGAUUGAGCAUAUAUCAAAUCAAAAACUCUCUUGUAAAGCUAUUCGUAUGGCAGUUCCAUUGAGACGUAUCAAAUUACUUCGAACCAUUGCAGAAGUAUUAAACCGGAAAUCACCAAGCAUCACGACACCCAAUGUACGACCUAAUACUGUUGAACUGAUUACAAGUGAUGAGCGAGCUUUAUUCAGUACAAUGCAUAUAUUGAUUGCUGAAGAUAAUCCUGUUGCACAAAAAUUAUUACUCAAGCAAUUGACACGACUAGGCUUUACUGUUGAGUGUGCUAAUAAUGGUUUAGAAGCGGUAAAUGCAUGGGCCAAUCAACCUGAUGGAUAUUUUAUCAUGGGCUUCUUCGAUCAUCACAUGCCCAAGUGUGAUGGUGUAGCUGCCACAAAACAAAUUCGUGAAAUUGAAAAGGAGGAAGGAAGAACAUACCGUUUCCCCAUUGUCGCACUGACAGCUGAUGUACAAGAAAGUGCAAAGCAGAUUUGUAUCAGCGCAGGUAUGGAUGGUUACUUGACUAAGCCUUUAAAUCAAAAGGUGCUUGCUGAAGCUUUAAGGACGUACUGUCAUCCUCGAACGACAUCGUCUUCUACAACAUCAUCCUCUUCCGGCACUUCAACUUCACCUGGGUCUGUAAGCAAUCUCAACAAUGGUAUUAAAAGUGAUGAAACCAGCAUCUGCAGCCUCAAUACCAGAUGAUUCGACACUAGUUCCACCAAUGACAACACAGUCACCGUUGAAAAACAGUAAUAAAUAACACUUUGUUUAACACCAUCCUAUAAAAACUUACACACUUACGCACGCAUAUAUACGCAUACGCACGCAUACACAAACACACUCAUACGCAUGUGCUUCUAACAAGUAUGCCCGAGUAUUUACAUAACAAUGAGUAUCCGAAUCUCACCUCUUAUUUAUGUCUUUCAACACAUGUAUUUGAAAUUGAAUAUUCAACAAAAAAAAAAAAUAAUUAAUUUUUGUUCUUCCUUUAUUAUUACUACUAUUCUUACUUUUUACACACCUACUUUUUAUUCAUACUUACCGGAACGAGUAUUAUUUCCUUAGCUUGUGAAUAAUAUGAUUAUUUAAUAACGUGUAAAUAAAGAUCCAAAAAACCUUCUCUAUACCAAAAUGAUUGGCUUACCAUUUUGACUACAGAGGCUACAUUGAAGCGU